UAGCUGCAGUAUUCUAUGUGUUUAACUGAUGGCUGGCUUGUUUCAGAUUCUCCAGAUCCUCCGUGUAUCCGUCUGAACUCCAGCAUUCUGCCAAACAGAACCGAUUUGGUUCUGGAGGUCGGAUCUGUCUUCAACCUCAGCUGCCAUGGCAACCUAUCGGUCCGGUGGACGACCACAUCAUUCACCUGGCUGUACAAGGAGGAGGUGCCGAACCCAAUACAGGUGAACAAUGUAACUCCCCGACACACCGGGACAUAUAUCUGCAGGUACACCAACCAGAGCCUCAAACACCUGCACACCUGGGUACACCUAUAUGCCAAAGAGCCGGGUAAGCCCUCCAGUGUUUUCCAGACAUUGCGUAAAAGCGUCUUCGAUGUCAGGGAGGGUGAGGACUUCCUGUUCAUGUGUCUGCUGACCGACCCCUCCCUUACUAACCUCACCCUCAAAUCAGAGGAUAGCUCAGGCCCCAGGUGGCGUGGCUUGCCCCUGGGCAUGAAUGUGACGUUUGACCCCCGGAGAGGAGCCCUUAUCCGGGAGGUUCAGAGGUCGUUCAGAGGUCGAUACUACUGUUCAGGGAGGAGGGGGGGGGUGGACGUCAGAUCCAGAACCAUGGACCUGGAGGUGGUUCCCAAGCUGCGUUACCCCCCCUCCCUGUCUGUCAGUCAGCAGGUGUCUGUGCGUCUAAAGGGGGAGGAGUUUGAGGUCACCUGUCGGAGCAGUAAUCCUUCCCACUUCAUCACCCUCACCUGGACCCCCCCGCACUCAGAACCUCUGAACGUCAGUGUGAAUCAGCACUUCAACCACCAGCUGUUCAUCAGCAGCACUCUGACGCUGUCACCUGUCCGUCUAACUCACAGCGGGACCUACACCUGCACCGCCGUCAACGAGGCGGGGGCGGCAUCCGUCCAAACACUACUAACCGUGCUGGAUGCUCCGUAUCUGCGGAUCUACCUGCAGCCGCUGAAGCAAGCUAACACUAAGACCAACUACUUAGAGUUCAAUGAGGAUUCAGCUGUUAACGUUAGUAGCAUGCUUAUGAGGGAGCAAGAAGAGCUAGAAGCAGGGAACAGGGAACUAAUUGCUAACGUUAGCAGCAACAUAAUGGAAGUGAAUGAGAGCAGCAGUGCUAACACUAGCGGAAGCAGCAUGUUGGAGGUGUAUGGAGGUCAAGACGUGAUGCUGACCUUUGUGAUGGAGGCGUAUCCUCCAGUCAGGAGCCAUCACUGGACGACAACAACACUUAGCAACAUCAACAACAACAACACGUGGUACAAGCGUAGCUACGGUGCUAACGGCUACAGGUCGGAAGCUAGCUUGUUGCUGCGGCGUGUUUGUCCGGAGGACGGCGGUCAGUACUCGUUCCACUUUGAGAACUCGUUUUUCAACGGUUCGCAGAACAUCGACCUCCAGAUUUACCGUUCUCCGAGUGUGUCCGUCAGUCAGGAGAACGGAUCUCUGACCUGCAGCAGCUCGGGAUAUCCAUUACCCACAAUCCUCUGGUUCACUUGCCCUGGGCUGCAGGACAGCUGUGGAGACGUUUCUGCCAAUCAGGAGUCAGCAGCUGCUGCGACCUCACAGGAAGAGGAAGUGAGGCUGACCCUGGGGAUACCUGCUAAUGAUGUCACUGCAGAGUGUGUGGCUUACAACAAAGUGGGCGUGUCUCGCCAGGCCCUCCACCUGCACUCUGCAGCAGUAUUAUUUUCUCCGGCUCUGAUUGGCUCUAUGAGUUGUGCGGCUGUCCUCCUGCUGCUCCUAUUCGUCGUUUCCUACAAGUGGAGACAAAAGCCGCGAUACGAGUUUCGUUGGAAGAUCAUUGAAAGCUCUGACGGGAACAACUACACCUUCUUUGACCCCGCUCAGCUGCCGUACAACAGGAAGUGGGAGUUUCCGCGGGACCAUCUGCGCCUUGGUGCUGUUCUGGGCUCGGGGGCAUUUGGGAAGGUGGUAGAGGCGACGGCGUACGGCCUGGGCAGUGAGAGCAUCACGCGAGUCGCGGUGAAGAUGCUGAAGCCGAGCGCUCACUCUGAGGAACGAGAGGCUCUGAUGUCAGAGCUGAAGAUCCUCGGACAUCUUGGUUACCAUUACAACAUCGUAAACCUGCUGGGAGCAUGCACGCAAGGAGGGCCCAUGCUGAUGAUCACAGAGUACUGUAGCCAUGGCGACCUGCUGAACUUCCUGCGGGCUCACGCCCGGGACUUCAUGGAUUCAGUGCUGAGCGUCGACGAGGCGUCGGGCGAAGCUUUCUAUAAGAACACGGCGGGCCAGAGCGGCAGGCUGCGCAGUGACAGUGGGAUCUCCUGCUGCUCUGAGUACCAGGAGAUGCUGACUCCGGGCCAGAAACUAACGGGUGUGCAGACAGACAGGGUUUCUGUCAGUGACCUGAUCAGGUUUUCCUACCAGGUGUCUCAGGGUCUGGACUUCUUGUCCAGCAGAAAUUGUAUCCAUAGAGACGUAGCAGCGAGAAACGUCCUGCUGACGGACCGUCGUGUUGCAAAGAUCUGUGACUUUGGAUUGGCCCGCGAUAUCCGCAACGAUGACAGCUACAUUGUGCAGGGCAAUGCCAGGCUCCCGGUGAAAUGGAUGUCUCCGGAGAGCAUCUUCGGCUGCAUUUACACGGUGCAGAGCGACGUGUGGUCAUACGGCGUCUUUCUGUGGGAGACCUUCUCUCUGGGUAAGAGUCCGUACCCAAACAUUGCCGUGGAUACCAACUUCUACAAGAUGAUCCAAGAUGGCCGACACAUGGAGCAGCCAGACUUCGCUCCAGCAGAGAUGUAUCAGCUGAUGACGCGCUGUUGGAGUCUAGAGCCAACGGACAGACCAACCUUUAAGAUCAUUGGUCAGCUCAUUAACAGGCUCCUCCCACCAUCCAAUGAGACGUCCCCACAUCAUAGCGAGAAGUCGAUGUACAGAAAUAUCAACGAGUGCAGGGAAGAGGAGGAAGAGGAGGAAAACGGGGAGGAGGUCCGACUGAAAAGAGGAGAAGAAGAAGAAGAAGAAGAAGAAGAAGAAGAAGAAGACUUUUGACUUUUACAAAAACACUUUAUUACAGGUUUAUAUCAAGUACAACAAAAAUCUAUUUACCUAGAAUAGGUAAAUAAAAAAGCUACGCCUUAAAAACUUGUGUAAAGUGCAAAUCGUCAUUCACCACAGAACAUACGAUGUCUUUAUAACACCACCGUUGUUUAAAAGCUUCCAAGUCCCCGAUGUUUUUAUAAAAACGAUGCUCUAGCCAGAGUCUGGCUCUGAUGUUGCACAGCCA